AAAUUUCCGAUAGAGGUCCCGUUUAUUGAAACACGUUGUCUGUAAACUGCACUGUUUAUAGAAAUUAUUGUAAGUUAUUAAUUUAAAGAUGAGUGGGAGAAAUCCGAAUAACUUGCAGGAACUUUUAAAAGUGUGUUUGGAAGCCAGCGGCUCCAAUGACGAUAAUCAAACAAAUCGAAUGAACCCUGAAACUCAACAGUGGCUUCAAGGAGCAUUGAACAGCAUGACUACAUCCGUAAUUGAUGAAAUGAUAAAAUGCCUUCAAGAAUUAAAAAAAUGUCUUGCUAUUUUAGAUAAUGGAACUGCUAAUGAUGAAACUUACUCAACUAUCAAAAUGUCUGUGAAAGCUCUAAUUGAUUAUACGGGAUCAUUAGAUUAUGCCCAGGAUUUCCAUAAAAUUGGUGGAUUUGAUGUAUUGAAACCACUUUUGGCGGUGUCGGAUUCCGAAGUAAGAUCGAUUAUGGCCGAAUUCAUAGGCGAACUCGUUCAGAAUAAUCCAUAUUGUCAAGAAAUGUCUUUGUCAAUGGGAUUUUUGAAACUCUUGUUAGAAAGAUUAGAAACUGAUACAGAUGAGACUGUUAGGAUUAAGUGCCUUUAUGCAUUAUCUUGUUUAAUCAGACAAAACAGUGAAGCGUUGAAACAAUUUGAAGAUGAAGAUGGAUUUUCUGUGUUACUAAGAACAAUGCAGCAUCCUGUAGAAAAAUUAAGAAUGAAAUCGGCUUUUCUUUUGAUGAAUAUGUGUCAUCAAACACCGAAAAUUGGUGACACCUUAUACAAUAUGGGGUUUGUAGAACAACUAGCAGCAUUGUUGCAUACCGAACAUUCUCCAAGUCACGAAUACGUAGUCGGUGCCUUAUUGGCCCUAGUCACAAAUAGUGAACAAUGUAGAAACGAAUGCCAGCGCUCCGACUUGCGACUGAAAGAAGUACUCGAAACAAGAAUAAAACUUUUGUCUGGUAAAGAAGAAUCCAAAGAAGAAUGGGAAUAUUGUCAUCAAAUAUUGAACUUGGUUUUCUUCCAAGGAAAUGAUGGAUCAGAGAGAUGAACAAUUAUUUGAAAAAUUAUUCAUAUUAAUUUAUUGAAAAUAUUUUUUUAAUAUUAGAUUUCUUAUCUGUUAACAAAACACAAAAUUAAAUGAUUGUUGAUUAAUUGCUUGAUUUAAAUAUUUUUGAUUAAAAUAGAAUAACAGUCAAAGAAGGAAAUCUUUCAAGUGUUUUAAUAACGUAUCGAGGGAUUGAUAAAACCAUAGGAACUUUUUAAUUAAAUUUUUUAUAUUAAUUUUAUUUCAAAGUGAAAACAUUUUGAAUUAUUGUAUGUUGUUUUCAGUUCCCUUUCAACAAAAUUACAGAAAUAACAAUAUGACAUUUUCUUAAACAAGUGCACAAAUGGUUAGACAAAAAAUAUUUAUUAAUUUAGAAAUAAUCAACUAGACCUUUGAAUUAUUUUACCAUUCAAAAUGAAUCAUUAAAAGUUAAAUGUUUGUGUAUUUCGUUUAUUAUAAUCAUCUUCAAAUCAUGUCUGGAAUUCUCUAUGCUUUGAAGAAGAUUAUAUUUUAAACACAUUUAUCUUCUGUUGCUUGAUAUUCGUCGAAGUAAUUGUUGAUUUAUCUACCGUAUCACAAAUAUAACUGACGAUAAAAUUAUCAGUCUUAAUAUACAUUUAAUAUUGUUUUUUUUUUUAGUAAUUUAAAAAUAUAUCUUCCUUUGUUAAAUGGUAUUUACUUGAAUGAAGAAAUCGUUUUUUAGAUUGUUAGUCUGUUUUUAAUUAAUAAAAUUGUUUUUAAUUUUUUAAAAUACUUUUUUUAUUGAAAUAUAUGCCAUAAUUCAGUAAACACUUGAAUUAGGUAUGAUUUCUAAAACCAAAUAUGUGUCUUAUCUUAAUAUUUUCAAAUGUACAUAUACAGUGUUUAACCUCUGAAUAGUGGACAUUGUUGUAACCGAGAAGUUUGUCCACUAUUUGGAGGUACAUGCCAGCGGCCAUAUUGUAUUUUAAACCUAGUCAUUAUAAAGUGAAGAAUGCAAUGGAUUACAAAAACAUCAUUUUUGCAUUAGGAAUGUGAAAAUACCAAAAAGUAUAUGUAGAAUAUAUAAUUCUUUUAAUUAUAUAUUCUAUAUAUGAUUACUUUAUAUAUACAGAUAUUACUUUUUAUCUUUUCAGCUGUAAAAAUCACAUUUUAAUUGAAUUCUAGAUUGCAUAGGAUAUUUUAAAUAAAUGGAAGACAAAAAUUACGACAAAAUGUAAAUGUUGAUUAAUUAUUAAUUCGUCAAAAAUGACCUGAGCGGAAGUAAAGAAAAAGAAAAACGAAACUGUUAUUAUGAACAGAAGGGUUUAGAUAAUGAGAGUUUGAAUGUUGCGUUACAAAGGCAAUUUGCUAGCCACCUCAAAAGGUAAGAAAUUUAUUCGAUAUUCUUGCAUUUAUAACAUCAUUUAUGAUAUAAGCGACUAAUAAAAAUUGAUAUUAUGAUUUGUCUGCUUUGUAGUUAUCAAGUAAAUGUAAUUUUUCAAAUAUUUUUGCUUUUUUCAAUAAAUAAUUUAUUAAAAAUUAUUUUAGUCACCAAAAAGCUGUUAAGAUCAUAAAUUAUGUCAUAAAUUUGAGAAAACCGAAUAUCUUCCUACAUUUUAAAGUAGUUGAAAAAUUGCCUUCGUAACACGAUCUUUUAACUUUCACCAAAUAAAUGCUGUUGUCUUAACCUUAAAACUGUUUCUUUUUCAUUACUACUGUACUACAAUUCUUGUCAAAUAAAUGAAUAACUCAGGAAAAGUUUAUGGUUACUUGGUACUUACCAUACUUAAUUCUAACAAUAAGAAGGAAGUUUAAUAACAUUAAUAUGUAUGACAAUAAAUGGUGAUUGAUAACAUAACCAGAUUAAUCUUCUCUAACAGAUAAAGAAUGUUGUUUGGCUUUUUACAACCUCCCUCCUCUCUUAUUCCUAUUUUUAUCCAAUCUUUGACUGUAGGUGUCAAAUUGUCUACGGUUAAAAUUAUUUCUCUGAAAGAUUAUUUGAACCAUUUUUUUUUAAAUAUUUCAUACGUAAUUAAUUAUUUUGGAAUAUUGAAAGCAGGACUUUGUAUGGGACUAAGGUAGUUUAUGGAUGACUGCUUCUGUUAUUUAGAGUGUGUCUGCUAUUUGAGAGUGUCUAUUAAUGGAUGUUUCACUUUAUAUAUAUACCGUGUUUCCCCGAAAUAAGACAUCCGCAGAAAAUAAGACCUAGCCCAGAUUUUGCUGAAUUGCGAAAUAUAAGACCUACCCCUGAAAGUAAGACCUA